UGUGCGGAUGAGCUGCAGAAGCAGAAAUCUGUUCUCAUCUCCCGGAGCUCCCCUCAGCGCGAUGGCAGCGCCACUGAAUGCCAACUUCUGAAUGCUGCUUUAGUCAUUUAUCUCCCUCAUACAGCGCACCAACUGCGUGUCUGGCAGCAGGGGGACUGAGUGGAAAAGGACGACCCGCUCCCACUCACCGUGACCCGGACAUCAGGAAGAAGCUACCAGCCAGCAUGGCUGAACCAGAGCUUCUGCUGGACUCCAACAUCCGGCUGUGGGUGGUGCUGCCCAUUGUCUUCAUCACCUUCCUCGUUGGGGUGAUUCGACAUUAUGUGUCCAUUCUGCUUCAGAGUGACAAGAAGCUGACACUGGAGCAAGUCUCAGACAGCCAGGUACUUAUUCGGAGUAGAAUUCUUAGAGAAAAUGGAAAAUACAUUCCCAAACAGUCAUUUUUGAUGAGGAAGUUCUACUUCAACAAUCAGGAAGAUGGAUUUUUCAAGAAGACCAAACGAAAGGUUGUCCCACCCUCUCCAAUGACAGAUCCCAGCAUGCUGACUGACAUGAUGAAAGGAAAUGUCACCAAUGUGCUUCCCAUGAUCCUCAUCGGUGGCUGGAUCAACUGGACAUUUUCAGGAUUCGUUACAACUAAGGUUCCCUUCCCACUCACACUUCGCUUUAAGCCCAUGCUGCAGCAAGGAAUCGAGCUGCUCUCAUUGGAUGCUUCCUGGGUGAGCUCAGCAUCAUGGUAUUUCCUGAAUGUGUUUGGCCUCCGAAGCAUGUACUCAUUAAUUCUUGGGCAGGAUAACGGUGCAGACCAGUCGAGGAUCAUGCAAGAGCAGAUGAGCGGUGCCGCCAUGGCCAUGCCUGCUGAUACAAAUAAAGCUUUUAAAGCGGAGUGGGAGGCUCUGGAGCUGACCGAUCAUCAGUGGGCGCUGGAGAGCGUAGAAGAGGAUCUGAUGAGCAGGGAGCUGGACUUUGAUGGCAUGUUUAGCAAGGAGCUCCCGAGCGGUAUCUUCUGAUGGCCUCGUUACUGAUACUUGAAGCCUUUUGAUUAAAGAAAUUGGGAUUUCUUUUAAUUUAAAACCACCGACGUGACAAAUCCCUUCAUGUUAUGCAACAUUUACAUGAACUCCUUUGUGGUCUUUGUCUUUUCAAAUGUAUCUACUUUUCCAUUCCUCAUCAUCAAGCAUCUGAAAUGACUUAAUAUACACUGGUUUUGCUGCUGGCUAAUGCACAUUAGAAACUGUUGCUCUGUUUGUUCAUCUUACAGACAUUUAAGACAUUUGAGAGGAGGAUGAGUCGUCAGGCUACGUUUUGCGAAUGGGAACGCAUCAUUCCUGGCUUUCAAAUGUGCUGUUAGGUCAUAGAUUUUAAACUACCCAGUGCUUGUUUUCACUUAUAUCAUUUGCAGUUAGAAUAGCUGUUUCCAUUUUAAUUUGUAUCAUAUUUAAAGAGAAACAUUAAAAAAGGCAUUUUCUAAGUUGUUGAUUAUAUUAUACUUUGACAAAUCUUUAAUCACUAAUGGUAGACAAUAGAUGAGCUGUUCUGUGUCGGCUUCCUGGAAAUGAAAGUGAGACCAGGAAAAGGCUUUUUGUAGAGGACAUGUUUAUGUGAUUGAAACCUUGUGUUUUUGAAUUAUAUAGACUGUUUAUUUUGUAAUGUAACUCUUUUGUUUUGUACAGUAAAAAAGUUUGUUUUGAUGAA